UGCGCAGCAACUGCCUGUGCCUCCUGGUCUUCGAUGACCUGAAAAGAGCCAUCCUCCAGCGGGUCGGCCGAAGCCCAGAGCAACAUCGCCAGCGGUUCCGUUCGCUGGUCCUGGGCGAGAGCGGCCGGCCCUUUGUGAUGGCACAACAGCUCCGGGACUCAUGCCGCAAAUGGCUGCUGGCUGAGGGAAGCGACGUCGACCACAUCAUCGACCGGGUGGUACUGGAGCAGUUUGUCACUCGCCUGCCAAAGAAGACUGCAGAGUGGGUCCAGUGCCACCGACCGACGUCGCUGGACUCAGCCAUCCAGCUGGCGGAGGAUCAGAUGGUAGCGUGCCCUGGGGUCGGCGAACCCCUUCCAGCUGUCUCUCUCUCGUCACCUUUACUUUCUCCCUCUCUCUCUCCCUCUGCCGCUCGACCUGUUCCCCUUCCUAGGUCCCGUCCUCCAGGUCUUCCUGGGGUCCCACCUCGAGGACAGGGUGGGACUGGCCAGGAUUAUGCCGCUGGUCUGAGAGUCCCGCCCAGGGGGGCGGGGCUGACCACCGUUGGGACCGAUACGGUCUCCGUUUCCCUGCUCUCUCCACGCCACUCACUUAAUCCACUUCCUGCCACUAGGGUGGCGGGGAGGUCUGGGCCGGCCUGUUGGCGUUGCGGGGACCCGGGGCAUUUUAUUGACAGGUGUCCGGUGAUGGAGGUGGGGACGAUGAUCCGGGUCCCCGAUGCACCUCAGGCUGCCCCCGGUCAGGCUGGCGGGUACCAAAUACCUACUGGCGCGUCGGACAGGGGGCUGGGUGCAGUCCUGUCCCAGGAGGUAGAGGGGGAGGAGCGGCCGGUGCUGUACAUUAGUCGCAAGCUCUCGAAGAGAGAGACUAAGUACAGCACCAUAGAGAAGGAGUGUUUGGCCAUCAGGUGGGCUGUCCUCACCCACCGAUAUUAUCUCCUGGGACGGGAAUUCACUCUCUGUUCGGACCACGCCCCUCUACAGUGGCUCCACCGCAUGAAGGAUACCAACAUGCGGCUCCCCGGCCUGAGUCGGGCAGUGGGGGUAUGUGGCGAGGGGGGCGUGGUUCAGCGAGGUCUGCAGCGGGAGAGAGAGCUGGGAGACGAGCGGUGAGUAAGUGGGUCAAGUGCAGAUGACAAACUGCAUCACUGUCUGGUACGGGAACUGUACUGCAGCAGACCGCAAGACCCUACAACGGACAGUGAACACUGCUGCAAGGAUCAUCGGUGCCCCUCUCCCCUCCAUCCUGGAUAUUUUCCUCACACGAUGCUCCA